AUGGCAGUGAAUCAGAGUCACACCGAGAACCGCCGCGGGGCCAUCAUCCCUUUUGGUGAAAGUGUCUUGACUCAGUGUCAGGAUGUAGAACUCUCCUUCCCACAGCAACCAGAGGGAUCCAGUGUCUUCUGUGGUACAAAGAGGGGAACAGUGUUUCUUACUUCAUACCGGGUGAUCUUCGUGACUUCACACACAGUCAGUGACCCCAUGUGUUCUUUUAUGAUGCCAUUUGAUCUGAUGAGUAACUGCACCGUUGAACAACCAGUCUUUACCCCCAACUUCAUUAAAGGAAUCGUUCAGGCAGCCCCAGAUGGUGGCUGGGAAGGACAGGCUACCUUUAAAUUAGCCUUCAGAAAAGGAGGUGCCAUCGAAUUUGCCCAGAUGAUGAUGAAAGCUGCCUCUGCUGCUGCCAGGGGAGUUCCACUUGGAAGUCUAAACUACUGGUUCAGCUCUCCAGGACUGUACGUAGUUACUGGGCAGGGGGGCAUGUGCUCCCAACAGAUGCCUUGUCCAGCGUGCCCAUUUGUUGUCUAUGGACCCCAGCAGGCAGGAUAUGGACCCGCUCAGGCGGGAUACGGGUCCCCGCAGGCGGGAUACACAGCCGCACAGGCGGGAUACGGACCCUCACCAGCGGUGUAUGGAACCCCACAGGUGGGAUACGGACCCCCACAAGCAGGAUACGGGCCCCCACCUGCAUCAUACAGACCCCCACCUGGAGUAUUCGGAACAACCCCUGCAGGAUACGGAUCCCUACCAGCUGGAAAUGAAGCUUCACUGGCCGGAAAUGAAAACCCACCCGCGGCAAAUGAAGCCCCGCCUCCGGCAUAUGGAAUUUCACCUGUUGGAACUAGAGCUGGGUCUAGCAGAUUUAUGGCAGCCCAGCCUGCUGGGUAUGAGCCUUCUCUUCCCGCUCCUUCAUCUUCUGAGGCCCAUCUACAAUCUUUUAGGAAAUAACCAUUGAAGACUCACCAAGCAAAGUGGCACUCAAAAACCGAAGUCAGGAUAAGAAGGUGGACUCAGGGGUUUCUUCUUUUCUCACUUCUAAACCUCUCUACAUGGGCAGAAGUGACAAGAUGAAGAGGGAGAGAUUCUACAAACCAGAGCAGGAACAGGGUUUCCCUCAUUCAGCUUUUCAGUUUCUGCUGGAAUGUGAUGGUAAGUUGGGAAUAGGGUCAAGGGGUGAGACCUCUUUUAUGCUGGGAUAGUUCUCUAAAUAACUAAUGUCUGGCAGACAUACUCUGGGCUUAGAAUUCUAAAAGAGUAGCAACUAGAGUUUGUCUUCUGCUCUUCA